AUGUACUAUUGCCCACCCCCUCCCCAAUCUGUGAGUGAAGAGGCAGCUGAUGUAAUGAUCACGGAGGCUGAAUAUGUUACUGUUCAAACCAACCUUAAUGAAAUGCUGUGUGCUGUGUGUGACCAUGCCCAUGAUCGAUGUGUCAAGGUCAUUGUAGCCAGGGCAAAGGAUGGAUUUUUGGAGCGGCUGACUUCCAGUGAAUUUGUGGCUCUGUCUCGGGAGGUUGAGAAGUUUAUCACGGAUUGUGAGACCAUUAGUGGUAGACGGUGUAUGUCACUGCGAUUCUGUCUACAGUCACAGGCACUUAAAUUUGUAAACAGAUUCCAUGAAGAAAGACGGACCAAACUCAGCCUCAUUUUGGACAAUGAGCGAUGGAAACAAGCGGACGUCCCAGCAGAAUUCCAAGAGCUCGUAAAUCAUAUCACCCUAACAGGCAUGUUAAGUCUACCAGAAAGGACUGCAGAUUCAGAUAAAGGCCCUACAGAAGUGUUGGUAGUGGAAGAUCAAACAUUUGCAGUUGUAGGGACGGUGCUGAUGUUGUUGAAGAUGAUGGUGGAGUAUUGUCAGUGUGUUAAUGACAUUCCGUCAGCGGCACCAGAUCUGUUGUCAAGACUGGUAGACCUCUUCAAAAUUUUCAAUUCAAGAACUUGCCAGCUGGUGUUUAAGGUGCAUGCAGGUGCCCUUCAACUUGUAGGACUGAAAACCAUCUCCACAAAAAAUCUAGCUCUGGCCUCCAGAUGUUUACAGUUGGUUGUGUACUUCAUUCCUAAAGUCCGCAUCCAUUUUGAGGAAAGACUGGCUUCUAAAAAUAAAACAAUGCUCAAACACCUGGACCAAGUACAAAAGAACUGCUAA